AUGCCGCGCGCGUGGAUCUGCUUUCCAGGCGCGCCGUACACGCAGCAUGCCGCCCAGACCGGCGCGCAGGCCGUGUUACGUGACUGGGACAUCGAGGUUCCGUCCACACCGCCUUCUGAUGCUGACGCAACGCCGACAGAUUACAAUGCGUACAUUGCAGACUACGAUCUUCUGCCGUUUGAUGCCAUCUUGUCCAAAGGCGCGCUGUGCAGCAGCUACAUGAUCCGCAAAGCACUCAUUCGCAAGCACUACCUAGCGCAGUCUCUGCAUGCAUUUGGAGUGAAGCGCAAUAUAAGCACGGACGUCGCGCCGCGCUCGUGGGCGCUCGACAUUCAGUUUGCCGACGAACUGGACGAACUGCUUGCUGACGACUUGUACGACGUGCGCGAUGCGCUCACGGCCAACGAGGAGUGCAGUAGCGAGGACGAGCGGACGUGGUUCAUCCUCAAGCCGGGUAUGGCAGAUCAAGGCAACGGUAUUCGCCUCUUUUCCUCGCUGGAGCGCCUGCAGGAAAUUUUCGAAGAAAUGGAAGGCGAUGCCAGUGACGACGAGGACGACGAUGCGGUGUACGCCAGCCAGCUUCGUCACUUUGUGAUCCAGCACUAUAUCUCUACACCAUUGCUGUUGGCGCCUAGCAGCGGGGGUAUGCGCAAGUUCCAUCUGCGCGCCUAUGUGACGUGCGUCGGUGGACUCCAAGUGUACCUGCACAACGAUAUGCUCGCUCUCUUUGCGCCUGUAGCCUACACGCCCCCCACGGAAGAGGGCGACCUGCAUGGACACCUGAGCAACACCUGCCUGGGCGAGAAGCAGGCGGCAGAGCAAGGCAUUCCGGUCCUGCCGAGCGUCUUUCUCUUUCGCGAUUUGGUCGAUACCCCCAUUUCGGCGCCUGGUGCCUCCGAGGCGAAGCUGACGCAGGCGCACAUGGACGCCAUCCGCCUCGGCGCUGUAAACGCGAUCGGCACGACUUUUGAGGCAGUCGCACGCGAAGCGUCGGUCCAUUGGCAAAUGUGGCCGAACGCGUUCGAGAUCUUUGGCGUGGACUUGAUGGUGAGCUGCGAUGCGUCGCUCUCGCCCGACUCGAUGCGUGUGUGGCUCUUGGAGAUCAAUGCACAACCCGACUUUAAGCAGAGCGGUGCGAAGCUGGAAGGAACGAUCCAGCACGUCUUUGAGCGUGCGAUUCAGCUCGGAGUCUUGCAGGAGGAAGGGUGGCCCGCCGGCGAAAGCCGCGACGGAGUGACGUGCUGCUUUGCCGACGAGAUCGUCAAGCAUCCGUAG